CCAUAUUGAAAUGAAAUUUCGGAUGGCCUACUUUUCUGGCUAAGUUUUAAAAUAUUAUGCUGAACAUUUUAAAUUUAUUUACUUUGCAUUUGUGUGAGAAGACAUUUUGUUGAAGAAAUACGUUUAGUUUUCUGCACGACAACUUUAAAGUUAUCUGUGCAGCUGAACUAAAAAAGUGGGUGUGAACUUUCGCAUGCAAAUUAUCUCGGAAAUUUCAAGAAUGCCAGUGAGAAAACAAGAUGCCCACAGGGCUCUUGAGCUGUUGGAAGACUACCACACACGGUUAAACAAGCCCCAGGACAAACCCCUGAAGAAUGCUAUUGAAAGAGUCAUCAGAAUAUUCAAGAGUAGACUGUUUCAAGCACUGUUAGAUAUACAGGAGUUCUAUGAGUGUACACUGUUAGAUGAGACAAAAGAUGUAAGUCAGAAAACUUUGGAGACCCUUCAGAUGGUCAACAAAUGGGAGAAGGAACCACCUAUUAUCACAUCUACACUCAAAACAGAGAAACAGAAUACUAUAAAUGAUGAUGAUUUGCCUCCCCCACCCCCUGAGCUCACACAGGACGUUGUUGUUGAAAAACAGACUGCUUCAUUCAACAGGCCAAACAAUGUGGCACCGCGAGAGGUUCCCCCACCACAAGUUCCAUACCAGGAUGUGGAAGACCAAGCAUUGCCGCCUCCGCCACAAGGUUCAGAUGUAGAUGAUGAAGAAUAUAUGAAUGGUGAAGGAGAAUGGGAAUAUGAAGAAAUUGCUUUAGAAAGGGGUACAACAGGUCUUGGAUUCAGUAUAGCUGGUGGUAGUGAUAACCCUCACAUAGACGACGAUCCAAGCAUAUUCAUUACAAAAAUAAUACCAGGGGGCGCUGCUGCUGCUGACGGCAGAUUACGGAUGAAUGAUGUGAUAGUAAAAGUGAAUGAUGAUAAUGUGGUAAAUGUAACACAUGCUGAUGCUGUUGAUGCUUUGAAGAGAGCUGGGACCAGGGUUGUAUUGUAUGUGAAGCGUUUAAAAGCUCCAGUUGAAAACAUUAUCACUAUAGAAUUGUCAAAGGGAAAUAAAGGGUUAGGGUUCAGCAUUGCUGGAGGAAUAGGUAAUCAACACAUUCCAGGGGAUGAUGGGAUAUUUGUAACCAAGGUGAUCGAAGGUGGCGCUGCUGAGCAAGAUGGCCGCCUAGCUGUUGGUGACAGAUUAGUGGCUGUAAAUGAUGACAAUUUGGAGAACGUAACACAUGACGAGGCUGUAGCUGCAUUGAAAGCGACCUCAGAACAUGUGACACUGACUGUGGCAAAACCUUCAUUUAUACCUGAACCUCUUCCAUCCAGAUAUGAUGAACCAUCUACACCACCCAAUGAACCAGUGUACAAACCUCCGAUAGCUGCAAAACCUGAGAUCCCCGUGAAGCCUUCCUACACCCCUAUCCAGGUCCCACCUGUUCAUCAAUCACCAUCACCAAGGCAACCUCAACAUCACGAAGAAGAAACCAGACAAGAUCUGUUGAGACCUGAAGAAAUUAGGCGGGACAUGCCAAAACUGCCGGCACAUGAAAUGCCGCUUACCGAAGACGAGAUUCUUCAAGAUAUGCCCAAAGAGCCGCGAAAGGUUGUAUUAAAGAAAGGCUCAACAGGGCUCGGGUUCAACAUUGUUGGCGGGGAAGAUGGCGAGGGAAUCUUUGUCUCGUUCAUCUUGGCGGGCGGACCAGCAGACCUCAGUGGAGAGAUCAGGAGGGGAGAUCAAAUAUUGUCGGUGAAUGAGACAGAUUUACGGAGAGCUACACAUGAAGAAGCAGCUGCCUGUUUGAAGGGUGCGGGCGACACAGUGGAAAUUGUGUGCCAAUACAGGCCGGAAGAGUACAACAGGUUUGAAGCCAAAAUUCAGGAUCUUAGAGAACAGAUGAUGAACACAAGCACUGGUAGCUUACAAACAACUCGGAAACGAACACUUUUUGUAAGAGCCUUGUUUGACUACGAUCCUUCCAAAGACAGCGGUCUUCCGAGUAAAGGUUUAGCAUUUUUGUAUGGAGAUAUUCUCCAUGUAACGAAUGCUAGUGAUGAUGAAUGGUGGCAGGCAAAGAGAAUCCUACCUAACGGCGAGGAAGAGGGAAUAGGAAUUAUACCUAGCAAAAAACGGGUUGAAAGGAAGGAGAGAGCCAGAACGAAAGCUGUCAAAUUUACAGGGAAGAGUACCAAUACAGAAAAGAAUAAUGUUACAUUAAAUGACAGAAAGAAGAAGAAUUUCUCAUUUUCUCGGCGGUUCCCCUUUAUGAAAAGCAAGGACCAAAGUGGAAGUGAAGACAUUAGUUGUGAAGAACGUACUAGAAGGUGGGUGGAGCGAAAUGGUGGGUUUCAGAGACACAGUCGCAGUAUAUUACGAUAUUCAACAAGGAUCAACAAUCAUAUAAUAAGAGAUAUUGCAUGUGCUGAUAGCGAGUCUAGUUUCAGAGGAGAUGAACCCAUUUUAUCUUAUGAAGCAGUUGUGCAACAAGAGUUGAAGUACACACGUCCAGUCAUCAUUCUUGGUCCGCUCAAAGAUCGUAUAAAUGAUGACCUAAUUGCAGAGUUUCCAGAGAAAUUUGGUAGCUGUGUGCCUCAUACAACACGUGAGCCUCGUGACCAUGAGCUAGAUGGUCGGGAUUAUCAUUUUGUAGCCUCAAGAGAACAGAUGGAGCGUGACAUUCAGAACCAUUUGUUUAUCGAGGCAGGACAGUACAAUGAAAACUUGUAUGGUACUAGUGUGGCCUCAGUGAAAGAAGUGGCUGAAAAGGGAAAGCACUGUAUACUGGAUGUGAGUGGGAAUGCUAUAAAGAGGUUACAGGUGGCCAACCUGUACCCCAUAGCCAUACUUGUCAAGCCUAAAUCUGUAGACUCAAUUAUGGAGAUGAAUAAAAGAAUAACAGAGGAACAAGCAAGGUUGUCAUAUGACAGAACGGUCAAAUUGGAACAGGAAUUUGGAGAAUAUUUCACAGCGGUUGUACAGGGUGAUACAGCAAAUGAAAUCUAUGCAAAGGUGAAGGAAGUGAUUCGGGACCAGUCAGGGCCGGUGAUCUGGGUACCAGCCAAGGAUAAAUUGUAAACUUCUGACACUGCGAUCCUCUGUGUGUUCAGUUCUUAUGUGGCCCUGUUUUACCAGUGAUUACAGCAACAAA